CGCUCUUGCCGUAGUAACUCUGACGGAUGUCAUCUGACCAAAACUUUCGGCGCACUUAACUUACUUCAGGAAGCGACAUUACUUUACGAAUGACACUUUGCUAAAAUUGAUGAAACUGCUUUGGGGCAUUACCCAUCAUGCACGAAUAUGAAACGGCCACUCGCGUCACACCAGAUGGCUCCGUCCUCCGUCAAAUACCCAACAUUAAAAGUUAGGUUAGCUACUCAUGCUAACCGAUGACCUGUCAGAUCUAACUCCAUAAAGGCUGGCCAUGGCUCACCUAACAGACGGAGAAUCAAGACAAUUACUUUAAAAUGACACGGUGAGCCGGCGUUUUCUUCGAGGUCGUGUGCUACACGGAGAGGGCAUGUGCCGCUUUAUGCGCUACGGCGUCACCCACUGCAUGCGCGCAGCCAUGGCCCGGCUGCAGGAGCUCCGUGGAGAGGCGACCAUCCGCUCCUCCAUGCGGGCCCUGGACUAUCUGUCCCGCAUCAGUCUGCUGGUGGCGAUCUGCCUCGGGAUAUAUGCACGAUGGGAACUCAGCCAAGAGGCCAACAUGCUCAUCAUCUUCGUUUUGGCCCUCGUUGUCCUUGGAUUAGCGAUUGUACUUCACUGUUACUUCCACAUGGAGAAAGUCAGCCAAAGUCUGAUCCACCUGUGGCAGGGGUCUCUGUUGGGUCUCCUGUGCUUCGUCGGUAGUCCUGCCCUCGACCACGGCGUGAAGGAGCAGACCACCAACUACUUGCUCUUGACUAGUAUGGUUCUCAGAACUCUCUGGGCUCUGGUGGAGCGGAUAUGCGGAUGCGCAAAGUACCGUCCGGCUUUCCUCACCACGGCGGAGCGGAUGGAACUGGUCGGCUUUGGCAUCGUGUCAUUCGUGGUCAGCAGCUCUCCGAGUGUGGCGGUGUUUGUCGGUGCGUUGGCGGUACUGAUGGUCGUUCUUCGGGUGAAAGCUGUCCUCACAAUUCCCAACCUAGUCGGCUUCGCCUUCUUCGGUGAAUUCCUGUUCAUCAAGGGCCUGGACGUGUCCACCAACAAGUUUGCCUUGGCGUGUUUCUUGAGCCAACUCAUGUGCGACCCUCUACUCGACUACUACUUCAGCGGCUCGUCUGUGACCGAGCGCUGGCAGCCGUUCCUGGCGGCUGGAGGCUGGCGACGGCUGUCCCUCCUUCCCCUACUGCUGGUGGUUGAGGUGACGUUCCUCGUUCUGGCCGCGUCUAAGCUGUCGGACGGGGGCCAGUUGUACCUGAUGAUUCCAGCCUUCGUGGUCUGCAUGCUCUUCUGGGGCAUCAUCCACCUGGUGUUCUUAAUCACCUUAUGGGGCUUCAACACCAAAAUCAGCGCCUGUCAGAGAGUGUGCUUGGCCCAGGGGUCAGGGUUCAACAGUCUAGACAAGGUCAUGGCAUCCAAAGGCGUGCGACACUUCUGCCUCAUCUCACAACGCCUCGUUCUAUUGACGCUGCUGUCCACCCUCAUUUUGGCAGCUCUGGCAUGGAUGUCGGUCUGCAGCCUCUCCAUCAGUGUGUCCCUGCUGGUGCUGCUCUUGGAGUCCCUCUUCCACGGGCUAUUCCACGAGUUGGGCAACAGUCUGGGGGGAACCCUCGUGGGCUACGCUGUGGUCAUCCCCACUAAUUACUGCAGCCUCGACGGCCAGCCCAUGCUGCUGCCCCCGGACCAGGUGCAGCAGCUCAACCAGCGCUCCACGGACAUGCUGAACAAGGUGCAGCUCUUCUUCGCCCACCACAUGAUCGAGAACUUCGGCUGCGACUACUCCACCAGCGGGCAGAGCCUGGAGGCCAUGCAGGCCAAGCUGCGCAGCUUCCUGGAGCAGCGGACGGCCGACGGCCCGCGCCACGACACCUACGUGGUGUACUACAGCGGACACACGCACCGCACCGGGGAGUGGGCUCUGGCAGGCGGUGACACCCUGCAGCUGGACCAGAUCGUCAAGUGGUGGCGGGAGAAGAACGCCGGGGCCUGCUCCCGUCUCAUCCUGGUUCUUGACGUGGAAAACGCCCUUCCCUGGACCAAGGAGGUGGGCCGUGUCGAGGCGGGCCGCGAGUACUCCGGCCUCUAUGUGGCGGUGCAGGGCGCCACUCUCUCGCCCGCCUCCGACCCAGAGGUGCAGGACGCGGGUCAGCUCGGGGACUUCACCCACCGCUGGGUGGAGUUCAACUGCAACCCCGGCGCCGACAUUCGCUGGUCGGAGCCGGGCCGCCCCGUGUCGGCCGUCUACGGCGUGUCCCACCACUGGGGCGACUACUCGCUGCACCUGCCCACUGAGGGCGACGUCAACAGACACUGGCAGACCUACUUCCCCAGAGUCACCUACCCCGUGGUCCGGCUGGCGCUGUGGGCCUGCGGCCUGGACGUGUUUUGGGGCUGCGGCGUCUUCCAACGGUACCUGCGGAGGCUCAAGCUAAACUGGUUCCCGCCCGCUAUCCUAGACACGGGCCAGGGCUUCAAGCUGGUCAGGUCCUAGCCCCCUGCACUCGGUUAAAGGCAUGGAUCUUAAGGCUGCACUCACACUAGGCCAUCUGGCCGUGGCCGUUGGCCGUCGCAACUGUGGCCUGGGCCAAGGUAGGCUCUUGUACAUACGUCAUCACGUCUUAACACGUCAUCACCAAGCGUCCGCUGCAUGGACCAUAAUAAAGUCUGCCGCCAGUCAGAGUUUUAACAACAAUGGACAACAACACAGAGAACACACCAACAGUUGAACCGCUUGACGCGAUGUUUACCGUUUAAUGGGAAAGAAGGCUCGUCGCCUUUAUUAUGUCCGUGGUCGUCGCAUGGACUAUACGUCAUCCAGCUCAGGCUGCGUAGCCGUGCGUGCGCGCGUGUCGGCUCAUUAGCAUCUGUACCGUAGCGGCCCGUACCGUAGCAGCACACCUCUCCCAAGUGGCCAAAUUGGCCUGGCCAGACUGGCCACACUCACACUGGCAGAUUUGAGCACGGUUAGGUGUGUAAACGGCCACGGCCACGGCCAGAUGGCCUAGUGUGAGUGCACCCUAAGAGUCAGGGAGAUUAGAGUGUUUGUAAAGAAAACCCAACAGAAUGGAUGAGUGUGUUUUUAUUACUUAUAGAGUACAGACCGUUUGGUUAAGUCGUUAAUUUACAAAGUUACUGAUUGGGGUUUUAGUGUGUUCACUUAUUUCAUUGUUUUGGUUUUAUGUUUGCGCACAUGCCAGUUAGACGUCAUUGUUUGGGAUCUUGAUGUCGCCACCGACUAAAGAAGAGCAUACACAUGUUGGUUAUAAUAUGGGCUCUUCAAUUGAAUUGCAAUGUUGUAUUCGACAUGAUCGGUUAUCGCUGGCAUUCACUUAGACCAGUGCCUUCUUUUGUACUGUAGUAUCACCAAAGAACUAGUAACAAACUUGCUUUGACUAAAGCAUACAACGGCCUUGUGACGCCAUACUCCUUGCAAACACACUGUUCUGUAACAGUUUAUAGCUUCUCCAAAGGCACACCUGCACAGCUUAUGCUUAUUUAAUACGUGUAUAAUAUGUGUAUAGAUUCCUCUUGGGAAUCCAACAACCGAUUCUUCUAUUUGGAACAAACUUUACAGUGAAUGUAUUUUGUAAAGAGUCCAAGAAUCCCUGUUACCAGUAUAUAAUAAGUGCAAUGGGUUAAUGAAAAUACACCCGAUCUAUUUUCUCCAAUUAAAUACUUCAUAAAUAUAUUUUAUGCUUUUGGGGAUACCUUUUAUAACUAUUCCAACUUCAGGGAAUUCCAGGAAAACCUUUAAUAAUUGCACUAGACGUAGUUGUUGUAAGACUUAUAUUCACGUGAGUGUCGUUUUUUUUUUUAAAAAGGGGUGUUAUUUUUAAUUGGCUUGCAUGCUAUUCAAAAUGACAUUUGCUAAAUUGAGACCGCUAUGCAAUAAAGAACCGAUUUCAAAACCUGUGCAAUUAUUUAUCCAAUCGGCCCCUAAUAAAGUGGGAUACACUGCCACCAUGUGGCAUAAAAGCAGUAAAUACUUAUUUUUUCAGUCCAGGCACCACAGGCAAUUUAUCCAAGUUUUUGUUUAUUUUAUUGAAAACAUUAUAAAAUAAGGUACAGCAGCAUUUCAUAUUUGUAUUUCCAUCUAGGACAGUCACUUGUAACAAAUCCAAAAAAAAAAAAGCUUAAGCUUGUCUGAUCAUCAAGGAGAUGGGACCAGGGAUUUGUUUUGUGUACACGAUUGCCAUUUCUAUAUAGUUAGUUGCAUUACACGAAGUGCAGAUGAUUGCUGUUUUAAAGUCACUAACAAUGAAGAGACAAUCAGAGUAAAUAUUGAGUGCAAUUUGGAAUAUUCCUCAAUAAUUAAUCCCCAGUCCCAAGUCUACUCAUUAGAACAUUGUAAAUUCUCAAUUGGACAGAAUUACACAGCACAGUAGAACGACCACAGACUGACACUUCAGAUAUUUAGAAACUGUAUUUAGUUACACAUUAUUAAAAGAAAAAGGGGGCCAAAUAUGUAAUGAAUAAAUGGCUAGGCAAUAUAUACAGUGCAGCUCUUUCUUUGGCCAGUGUAAACUUAAAAAAAAUGCUUACUAAUCUCAGUGGGAAGUUGAGAGAGCUGUGAGCUAACCCCCUGGAGACCGGGGUUCAAGUCCGGUUGAUGUCCACUGUUGGAAGUCUCUUAUUUCAAUUUCAUGCGUAUUAUAAAGUCAAGUAUAACCAUUCUGAUGUCUUUAUUCUGUGUAUUGAAGGUGCAUUGAAAAGUUCGGACACUCUAAACAGCUCAGGUACGGAUCCCUGCGAAAACGUCGACAGGGGUACCACUGUCAUUUUUUAUUGGCUGCAUGAAAUAAACAUAAGGGGUAACACUGUCGAUAUUUAUCAAAUAAAACAUAACGGGUGAACACUUUUGUUUUUCUUUGGUCGUCAUGAAAAAAAAAAAAAGGGGUAACACUGUUGUUUUUAUCAAAUGAAAAAUAAGGGGUAACACUGUCGUUUUUUAUUGGUCGUCAUGAAAAAAAACAUAAGGGGUAACACUGUCGAUAUUUAUCAAUUAAAACAUAGGGGGUAACACUGUCGUUUUUAUCAAAUGAAAUACGAGGGGUGACACUGUCGUUUUUCUUUGGUCGUCAUGAAAAAAAACAUAAGGGGUAACACUGUUAUUUUUUAUGUUCGUCAUGAAAAAAAACAUAAGGGGUAACACUGUUCUAUUUUUAUUGGUCGUCAGGAAAAAAAACACAAGGGGUAACACUGUCGUUUUUUAUUGGUCGUCAUGAAAAAAAAACAUAAGGGGUAACUCUGUCGUUUUUUAUCGGCCGUCAUGAAAUAAACAUAAGGGGUAACAUGUCUAUUGCAUAUAUAUAUAUUGGAUAUAUAAGGGGUAACACUGUCGAUAUU